ACCCACAGAAGUCAGAGGGAAACCGCGUCCGUUUCUCAAAGCGUGUUCGAGAGGAGGAGCUUUGGGCAAAGCUCUGCAGGGAGGGGUGAUUAGACAAGGCGUUGUAGAAUGCAAGCAGGAAUGGAAGCUAAUCAGUGUACCAUUUGCUGGAUACCUCUUUCUUUUGUAACUGUUAUUAUGAUAAUUUCUUUACUAAAAAAUGUUUUAUACUUCUUAAAAAGCAAGAAAGAAAAAGGCAAAAUUUGUGAAGAUUAUAAUGAAUAUUAUUCAAGCAACGAGGAAUUUCAAGAAGAAGCUUGUCCGGUUUAUGACAAUCUUAAUCACUACCAACAGGAGAUGCUAAAUGAAAGUUGUUAUGAGCAAAUGAAUGUCCCUUCUCCUAGAUCCACCACUGAUGUACAGCAGACAGCUGAACGUCAAAUGUGUUAUGCUUCCCUUGAUCAUAGUGUCCGAAGAAAGCACAAAAUUCAGCCCAAAAAGAAAUAUCCUACAUUAGAAAUGGGUGAAAAUCAACUUACCAAAAACAACUCCACACUGUCUUGCAUUUAUCUCAACAGUGAACAACUCAGUGCUGAAAAUAAGUUGUCUGAAAAUACUUCUCAGGUUGAUUCGUUCAGAGAGUUUGGUUUAAAACACAAUGCAAAUGAUGUCAUGUUUUAGUAACCAAAUCAUUUUCUCAAUUUAAACAUUCACUGAGACAGUCAAUUGCCAAGUUAGAUAAAUGAUUGUGUGAACAAAAUAAUUUGUGCCAUUGAGUUCUGUAGAGGAACGAUUCAUAACUUUUUGAGACUUUUAAUUACAUGUUAACAUGGUGCUUAGAAGUCUGGAUCAUGCCAGAAAUUGUCUGGGCACAGGGGAAACUUGCUUGGUCCUUUAACAGGCCAGCAUGGAACUGGUUAUACCCUCCACCUGGUUCAUAUGAGUAGGAGCCAAAUUACUGUCUUUAUUAUAAAGCAGUUAUAUUCCAUUAGAUUAGAACCAUUAACAAAAAUUUUGCUAACUUCCUGAGAAAAACUUACUCAUUCAGCUCUGCUCAGUAUAAUUAUAACUUGCCAUACUGCCCAUGUAAUAACAUCAGGAAAUAUUUAAGGUUAAUUGGGGAAUAAUGUAUCAGCUUUGAUUCAUCUAAUUAACAGUUGUACAGCUAGCAAAUGUAAUGUUGGCAUGUAUUUAGUUUCCUGCUAGUUAAGAACUGUUAAGAGUCAAUCCCAAUUACUCAAUGAGUAUGUAAUGUCUUGAGCAUCUGAAUUAAAUGGUCUGUAAAGGAAGUAGUAAAUGAGGUAUAAAAAUAAAUCUCCAAGGAAGAAUUUGACAUUUUUCAUUGUAUUUAAGUGAUUGCUAUUGACUUUUACACCACUGUUUUAUAAUGUAUUCUGUAAGAAGUGAUAUUCUUAAUUGCUCUCCAGAUAUACCUGUUCCAUUCAGUCCAAAAUAUUGACUUGCAAUAAAAACUACAUGAAUGCAUUGGAAAUCUCAUGAUAUAGCAAUGAAGUUUGAAUUAAGCACAUUUUAUUUUCUUGAAAUUAGUCGGUGACCUUUAAAUCUGACAUACUUUUUUGGAUUACUAGUAACGGUUGCUUUUUGUUCAUACUUAACAAAUUCAAGAGAAAAUUUGUAGAGCUGGUAUAGUUCCAGGAAGUAAAUCGCCCACCCACUGGCCCCACCCUUUGGCCUGCCUUGCAGCAGUUACCUCCUUGCAAGUAAACAGCAAGAAAAAACAGCCCCUUUCAGUUUCAGCACAGCCUAAUUAACACAAGUUGUUUGGAUCGUCUCCCGACUGUCAGCUGAUUUGGUCUCAGCUGUUUUGCGCAGGCCUCUGCUGCUUGCUCCAAAGAGGUAGAUUGCUGGAGCAGAUUUUCUUUUCCUUAUGCUAAUCAAGCUAUGCUGAAAACGAAAAUGAAAGUAAAGCAGGCUGUUUGCUGUAAUGAGGCAAAAUUGCUGAGGCAGAGGGAGAUUUCUUUUUCUUCUUUUCCUCAUCAAAAAAGGUAGGUGUCUUAUACUCCGAAAAAUACAGUAAUUUGACAUGAAAAUAAACAACCAGUUCCAAAAUAUGUAUUAUGUAAUGCUUCCUCUAAUAAUUAUUUAAUAAAUGUAUUUUAACUUAUCAAUAAAAGAGAAUAUUUGUA